AUGGCAACCCAUCACGGCGAACUUUCGAACUUAGAGGCACACCUGGUCGCAGCCAGCGGUGAAUUUGUCGGCACCUUUCUUUGGCUUUGGACUAGCUAUGCUGGCCACCUGAUGGCAAGGCAUCAAGCACCCGAAGAGGCGCCAGAAGGCGGGAUGCUUAAUACGACUCUCACUUCAACCGCUCUGGCAUAUGCGUUUCCAUUGCUUGCGAAUAUCUGGGCAUUCUACCGGAUCAGUGGCGGUCUUUUCAACCCCGCGAUCACACUCGGACUUGUGGCUGCAGGACAACUUCCUUGGGAUCGAGCGAUCUUUCUGUUCCCCGCGCAACUUCUAGCCGCUCUGGCAGCUGGUGGGCUGGUGCAGUGCAUGUUUCCCUGGGAUGUGGGCGAGACCAACACCAUUCUUGCCACAAACGUGUCCAUCUCACAAGGCGUCUUCAUUGAGAUGUUUCUGGCAUCUCAGUUGAUGUUUGUGGUGCUUAUGCUGGCCGCAGAAAAGCAGAAGGCAACAUAUCUAGCUCCAAUUGCUAUCGGAAUAGCAGUAUUUGGAAUCAUGAUAUGCGGUGGCUAUUAUACCGGAGCUUCUAUCAACCCAGCCCGCAGUCUUGGCUCGGCUGUUGCCGGCAGAAGUUUCCCAGGCUAUCACUGGAUUUACUGGGUUGGUCCUGCCAUGGGAGGUGUUCUUGGUGCAAUGUAUUAUCGCUUUGUUAAGUUCAUCCAUUAUGAGGAGGCGAACCCUGGGCAGGAUCACGAUGGCCAGUUGGAGAACAAAGGCCUCCCGGACGGUGCGACGCUACCUAGGGACAUGUAA